AUGGGGAGGGAUAAAUCGCCAGGACCUGAUGGCAUGAACCCGGGCUUCUACCAGGCGUUUUGGGAUCUUGUGGGUAAGGAUGUUACUGAUUUUGUGCUUAAUUGUUUAUCUCAAUCUUCCUUCCCUUUAGAAUUGAAUGAUGCAAAUAUUGUUUUGAUCCCAAAGAAGGCAGCCCCUGAAUUGGUUGCGGAUCUCAGGCCUAUUGCUUUAUGUAAUGUGGUAUAUAAGGUAAUGGCCAAGAUGAUUGCGAAUCGUAUGAAACCACUGCUUGAUAAUAUUAUUUCGGAGUCACAGAGCGCCUUUCUGCCAGGCAGGCUUAUCUCAGACAAUAUUCUUAUUGCGUCUGAGGUUGGGCACUAUUUACGAAGAAAACAGUUAGGGCGGGUUGGGUGGGCAGCUCUCAAAUUGGAUAUGGCUAAGGCCUAUGACAGGAUGGAGUGGUCUUUUGUGGAACGUAUGUUGUUGGGACUGGGUUUUGAUGAGAAAUGGGUUGGACUAAUUAUGCUCUGUAUAUGGACAGUCAGGUACAAGGUGCUGGUGAAUGGGAAGCCGAGUCAGGAAAUAAUCCCGUCUAGGGGUUUGAGGCAGGGGGAUCCACUCUCUCCGUAUCUUUUUAUUAUAUGUGCAGAAGGCUUGUCUCUGUUGUUGCAGGAUGCUCAGGCAAAAGGACGAAUACAUGGUUGUAGGGUGGCUCGUGGGGCUCCACCAAUUUCGCAUCUCUUCUUUGCGGAUGAUAGCAUGCUCUUCUUUAAGGCAAACAUGCAGGAAACUUUGGAGGUGAAGCGUUGUUUAGAGGUUUAUGAACAAUUUUCAGGCCAAUCUGUUAAUUUUCAUAAAUCCAAUAUUUCUUUUAGCCGCAAUACCAGCUUGGGGGACAGGAAUGCCAUUGCUAUGGGGUUAGGUGUUGAGAAAGCUGAGGAUUUUGGGAAGUAUCUGGGUCUACCUUCAGUUAUUGGUAGAAACAGGAGAGUAAUUUUUUCAUAUAUUGAGCAAAAACUGAAGCAAAGGUUUGGUUCCUGGAAUAAGAGGCUGCUAUCGAUGGCAAGUAAAGAGGUGUUAUUGAAAAGUGUUGCACAGGCGAUGCCCACUUACACAAUGAGUAUCUACCUGUUGCCUACGACUUUAUGUGACUCACUGGAAAGAUUGAUGAAUAAAUACUGGUGGGGGAAAAGCAAUGUGGUAGAUGGCAUUCACUGGAUGGCCUGGGACAAGAUGUGUGUUCCUAAAAAGCAUGGUGGCAUGGGUUUUAAGAGACUGCAUGAUUUUAAUUUAGCCCUUUUGGGGAAGCAAGGAUUGAGAAUGUUGACAUGCCCAGGAUCCCUAGUGGCCAGGAUAUUUAAAGCAAGGUAUUUCCCUAAUACUACUUUUUUUGAGGCCACACUUGGGGGUAAUCCAAGUUAUGUUUGGAGGAGUAUAAUGGCCAGCCAAGAUCUUGUUCGAAGUGGUUGCAGGCGAAGGAUUGGUAAUGGAAGAAUGACUAAAGUUUGGGAUCACCCCUGGUUGCCCGACCCCCAUGAUCCGUUUGUCCACUCAGACCAGAUCGCUCAACAUUCUGAUUUAAUGGUGACAGAUUUGAUAAAUUCUGACCAAGGAAUUUGGAAUCAAGAUUUAAUAUCACAAAUAUUUAUUCCUAGAGAUGCUGAAUUAAUUCUACGAACUCCGGUGUGUGUGGAGUUUAAUGAUGAUUGGUUCUGGAUGGGUGAUAUUAGAGGUGCAUAUUCAGUUAAAAACGGUUAUAGGCGGCUUGGGAAAAUUAAUACUCCAUGUGAUGCAGUUUGGAAUAAUAUUUGGAAAUUACAGGUUCCCCCUAAAUGGAGAAUUUUCCUAUGGAGAGCUAUCUCAAAUGCUUUGCCAACUAUUACUAACCUGGUUAGGAGAAGAGUAGAGAUCCCAAAUGUUUGCCCUGCUUGUGGGGUGUUUGAAGAGGAUUGGGUGGAGCUUUGGUUGGGAAACUCAGCAACAUCUGCAGGUUUUCUAAAAGAUCAGAUUUGUGGAAUACUCUACGAGAUAUGGAGAGCUCGAAACAAGGCAGUUUGGGAUCUCGUUUUGCCAUCUCCUAUUCAUCUCUGCGCUGCGUUUCAACGUACCUGGGCUGCUUGGACUGCUCACGGCAAGCCGGCCGAAAUGAUGUCACCACACCCCGCCAUGCAGCAACAUACGAACACCCCUGCUACCGCGCCGUUACCGCACGAUGCGGUCCUUUGCAGCACGGAUGCCGGUUUCUACGGAUCGCAACAUGCCCCAACGUUUGGUUUCUAUGUGCGUAACCCGGGAGGAGCUUUUGUAGCAGCAGUAAAUGGCCCCCUCUCUUACCCGUAUGAUCCCCUAUUAGCCGAGGCUAUGGCGAUACGUGAGGCUCUAUCAUGGCUACAAGAUCACAAUUUUCAGAACAUUGUUAUUUUGACGGACUGUGCGUUUGUACGUAGAGGCACCAACUUGGUUGCUCAUGCUUUAGCAAAACAUGUAGGAGCGGUUCAUACACGUUCUGUCUGGACGGAAUCCCUCCCUCCUUAUAUUCCUUCUAAGUUAAGUUAA